CGCAGAGUACACCUGCCAAUGCACUGACUUCAAAUGCUGAAUUGGAAGAGAAAAAUGAGUUUCCUGCUUUGGCUAAUGCUAAAAUACUCCUUAGCGACUGCCUAGCUUGUGACAGUUGUAUGACAUCAGAGGAAGGAGCCAGGGUUUUCCAGCAGAAUCAGGAGGAGCUCUUUCGCAUACUCAACCUUAAUAAGAAGUGUGAUACCUCGAAACACAAAGUGUUGGCAGUGUCUAUAUGUCCUCAGUCAUUGCCUUAUUUUGCUGCUAAAUUUGAUCUGUCUGUGAAUGAUGCAGCCAGGAGACUCUGUGGUUUCCUCAAAAGUCUUGGAGUGCAUUAUGUAUUUGACACCACUAUAGCUGCUGAUUUCAGUAUCCUGGAGAGCCAGAGGGAAUUUGUGCAGCGAUAUCAACAGAGGAACCAGGAGGAGCAUGCCUUACCAAUGUUUGCCUCUGCUUGCCCUGGCUGGAUCCGGUACGCCGAGCGGGUACUCACCAAUCUCGUGACCUCUCACAUCUGCACUGCAAAGUCCCCACAGCAGAUCAUGGGCUCCCUGGUGAAAGGCUACUUUGCCAGGCAGCAGAAUUUGUCUCCUGAUAAAAUUUUCCAUGUAGUUGUGGCGCCUUGUUACGACAAAAAAUUGGAAGCCUUGCGGGAAGACUUCUACACUGCCUUCUGGAAUUCUCCAGAAGUUGAUUGUGUUCUAACAUCAGGUGAAAUUGUCCAAAUAAUGGAACAGAAAAAUGUGUCCAUGAAAGAUGUGGCUGAAGUAGCUGUAGAUAGUUUGUUUGGUGAAAUAAAGGAGGGAGAUGUAGAGAGACAUGAUGGGAAGACAUCUGAUGGUUACCUGGAGCACAUUUUUAAACAUGCAGCAAAGGAACUUUUUGGCAUGGAUGUUAAAGAAAUCACCUACAAAGCAUUAAAGAACAAGGACUUUCAAGAAGUUACCCUUGAAAAGGAUGGUGAGACACUGCUGCGUUUUGCAGCAGCUUACGGCUUUAGAAAUAUCCAGAACAUGGUUCUGAAAAUGAAAAAAGGGAAGUUUUCGUACCAUUUUGUGGAAGUGCUUGCCUGCCCAGGAGGUUGCCGGAGCUCACACCAAGCAAAGCCCUUGGGCCGUCCCCUUGCCUGCGGACCUGUGCCGGGGCUCCCGGCCGGGCCCCGUCCCACGCGCGACCGGGCAAAAAGCGCGGCAGCGCCGCAGGUUCUACCGAGAUUUGAACUCGGAUCGCUGGAUUCAAAGUCCAGAGUGCUAACCAUUACACCAUAG